CCGGGUGGGGGGGCCCUCCGGCAGGGCCUGCGAGGGAAGGGUCCUCGGUCGGCGGCAGAGUGCUGUGGCUCCGCACCCCGGGCCUGUGCGGCGCUGCUGCUGCUUCACCUGGCGUGACACUUAAUGAUACCAUGGAAGCCUCUACUGAGGCCGAAAAUGCAUUAAUUGAAGACAGAACGAGUUAAUUGCACUCUUCUGUACAGCACACUUCCAAGGAGCUGGCUAAGGACUUGUUUCCCCCCUUUCUUUUUCCAGUUUAUUGAAGAUAGAUUUAAAGAUUGGCACAAUGGUCGUUUGUCUAGCAUGAAAAUACAAAUCCUAAGUUGUGAGGGAGUAUAUAAACUAUCUUCCUCCUUUUACCAAUGAGUAAAUAAAAUGCACUGCUGUUAUAGUGCUAGUUUAAAAUUAUUAAAAUAGUAUUCCUGACUAAUAGGUCAUGCUGUUACUUUUCAAAUUAUGUUUAAUAUUCCCAUUCUGUGUCUCCUGACAGCUUUCCACAAGUGGUAUGGGCUAGACGUGGGUUCUUUUAAAAUUAUUUUUCUAAACAACCUUUAAUAAAUUCAGCUUUUCAAAUUUGAAAAUGUAAAUGAGAAUCUGGAAAUUUUCAAAAGCUGAGUGUCUAUCGCAUCUUAAGUCUGCUUUUAGACAUGGCUGCAAUGUAAACAGUGAGUGCUGUGAUCACUGGACCCUUAAAUGCGCCAUACUUGACCAUCACAGUCAUUUUCAUAAGGGUAGUGCAGGGCUGGAAUGUGUUGCAAGUAAUACUUACUUCUUUUUUCUCUGGUUUUGAAGUAAUUUGGCCUAUCUCAGAAAGCACUAAUUCAGUUGUUUGCUGGUUUGUGUUUUGCUGUCUUGUCUUGGCCCUGAUCCUACAAAGCACUAAAAGCAGACAUAAUUUGGAACACAAAUAGGCCUGCUAGGUUGUCCCGGUUUGAGACAAAUUCGGAAUAAAGUCCGAAUUUGAAUGUCCUCUGGUAGAAAGCAGGUUACAGCCAUCCCUCCCCCACCAGGUUCGGGAAGAAAUUCCUCGGAGGAAAGUGAAAAAGGGAAAAAACCGAUUUAUUUAACAAACACACGAGGGAAAAAAAAAUCUCCAAGUUUUGCUGCUGUCAAUGGAUAUAAAAGUUAAGAUUGUUCUUUGUCCUUUGAGUUAGGAAACAGAACUAUCUCAUGUUUGCAAGCCUGCAGAGAAGAGAGAAUUGAUAGUUAGAGGGUUGAACUGAAUUGAAAUGUCAUUUACAGUUGUUAGGACACACAGAGCACUCACUGGAAUUUACCUUUGUUUCCACUAUGGGGAUGAGACAUUUACUUGGUUUUGGCGCUGGAAUAACAAGCUCAAGGCUGUGGCUGUUACAGCAGCUGGUAACAACAUGAACAUUUAAUUCUUACCUGCAACUUAAGAAGAAACCUACAUACCCAGCCUUAUUCUUCCUGGUCACCCCUGUGCCACUGAGGCCAGCACUGGCUUGUUCUUGCUUCUGAUUACCUUGGCUGAAGGGAUCAGUCAUGGCUGACGACUCUCAGAGAAACUUCCGCUCAGUAUAUUAUGAAAAAGUGGGGUUUCGUGGAGUUGAAGAAAAGAAGUCGCUGGAAAUUCUGUUAAAAGAUGACCGUUUGGAUGUUGAGAAGCUUUGCACAUUUAGUCAGAGGUUUCCUCUUCCAUCCAUGUAUCGUGUACUGGUGUGGAAAGUGCUUCUAGGAAUUAUUCCUCCUCACCAUGAGUCUCAUGCUUUGGUGAUGAAGUACCGGAAGGAGCAGUACUGGGAUAUUCACCAUGCUCUUCGUGUCAUUCGAUUUAUUAAUGAUUCUACCCCACAGGUUGAUGUUUUUCUCCGCAUACAUCAACUGGAAUCAGGAAAAUUGCCUCGAAACAUAGCUUUUCCACUGGAACCUGAAGAUGAAGUGUUUCUUGCUAUUGCUAAAGCAAUGGAGGAAAUGGUGGAGGAUCCUAUAGAAUGCUAUUGGCUUGUCAGUUGCUUUGUGAAUCAGCUGAACAGCAAGCACAAAGAUUCAUUACAACAACUGCCAAAAAUUCUGGAGCAGUAUUUGAACAUUGAAGAUAACAGACUACUGAUGCAUCUGAAAGCAUGUGCUGCAAUGAGCAAACUCCCGUACGAUCUUUGGUUUAAAAAGUGUUUUGCAGGAUGUUUACCUGAGUCCAGUUUACAGAGAGUUUGGGACAAAGUUAUUAGUGGAUCCUGCAAGAUUCUUGUUUUUGUUGCUGUGGAAAUAUUAUUAACCUUUAAAAUGAAGAUAAUAGCACUGAAUACUGCAGAAAAGAUCACACAGUUUUUGGAAAACAUUCCUCAGGACAAUACCGACGCCAUUGUCAGCAAAGCCGUGGAUCUGUGGCGCACGCACUGCGGGACUCCAGCACACUCAGUCUGAGAGCUCUCUUGGCUUGUGACAGCUUGGGAAAAAAAAAAAAGACUUUUGAAAAGACAUUUUACCAUCCUAGUGUGAUGUUCUUCAUUAACCCUUUCGUGUAAAGAUGCUAUCAAAGCAUGGUAACCAAUAUGUAAAUAUUUUUCAAUAAAUACAGGUGGAAUGAA